AUUGUAAUGAUAACUCAUUUUUUAUUCACAGGCAUUACUCAAAAUCUAGAGAGACUGGAAAACCUGAGAGACAGUGCUCGAAAAACUGUUGACACAGAGCAAAUCGAAAUAAUCAGCGUUCAGAAACCAAUUUUUCACAUGAAUGGACAGAAAAAGUCUAGCAUUUCUCGUUCUCAACAAGAAGCCAUUAGUCCUCAGCACGAAGAAAUCAUCAAAUUUAUCUUUGAAUCGUGGAAUUCAGUGUGCAAGGAGUGUGAGAAGGAAUGCGAUGAUGAACAAGACAAAAGCACAACAAGGUCUACGCAUCGUUCCCGCAGAAGUGUUAACAAGGCAAAUCGCAUAUUGAACGUCACACCGCAACCAGAUCGACGUCUCCCGCAACAACAAGUAGUCUCGUAA